AGCGGGUCUUCCGCGCCAGAUCCGGCCGCGCGGUUCGGGCUCCCUCCCGCUGUGGCUCGUCACCUCCGGGGUCCCAGCCUCCACGGGCCGGGGCCGCCGCCGCCGCCGCAGAACGGGGAGGCGGGCCAUGGCAUCCUGCGUGGGGAGCAGGACCCUGAGCAAAGAUGAUGUGAACUACAAGAUGCAUUUCCGGAUGAUCAACGAGCAGCAAGUGGAGGACAUCACCAUCGACUUCUUCUACCGGCCGCACACCAUCACCCUGCUCAGCUUCACCAUCGUCAGCCUUAUGUACUUCGCCUUCACCCGGGAUGACUCUGUCCCAGAAGACAACAUCUGGAGGGGUAUCCUCUCUGUUAUUUUCUUCUUUCUUAUCAUCAGUGUAUUAGCUUUCCCCAAUGGUCCAUUUACUCGACCUCAUCCAGCCUUAUGGAGAAUGGUUUUUGGACUCAGUGUGCUCUACUUCCUGUUCCUGGUCUUCCUCCUCUUCCUGAACUUUGAGCAGGUGAAAUCCCUAAUGUACUGGCUAGAUCCAAACCUCCGAUACGCCACGAGGGAAGCGGACGUCAUGGAGUAUGCUGUGAACUGCCAUGAUAUCACCUGGGAGAGGAUUAUCAGCCACUUCGAUAUCUUUGCAUUCGGACAUUUCUGGGGCUGGGCCAUGAAGGCCUUACUGAUCCGUAGUUAUGGUCUCUGCUGGACCAUCAGUAUUACCUGGGAGCUAACCGAGCUUUUCUUUAUGCAUCUCCUGCCCAAUUUUGCUGAGUGCUGGUGGGACCAGGUUGUUCUGGACAUCCUGCUGUGCAAUGGCGGCGGCAUCUGGCUGGGCAUGGUCGUCUGCCGGUUCCUAGAGAUGAGGACUUACCACUGGGCGAGCUUCAGGGACAUCCACACCACCACUGGGAAAAUCAAAAGAGCCGUGCUUCAGUUCACUCCUGCUAGCUGGACCUACGUUCGAUGGUUCGACCCCAAGUCUUCAUUUCAGAGAGUGGCUGGAGUAUACCUUUUUAUGAUCAUCUGGCAGCUGACUGAGUUGAACACCUUCUUCCUGAAACAUAUCUUUGUGUUCCAAGCCAGCCAUCCAUUAAGUUGGUGUAGAAUUCUCUUUAUUGGUGGCAUCACGGCGCCCACAGUGAGACAGUACUACGCCUACCUCACCGACACGCAGUGCAAACGUGUGGGGACACAGUGCUGGGUGUUUGGGGUCAUUGGUUUCCUGGAAGCUAUUGUUUGCAUAAAAUUUGGACAAGAUCUCUUCUCUAAGACACAGAUACUGUAUGUUGUGCUUUGGCUUCUUUGUGUGGCUUUCACCACCUUCCUGUGCCUGUACGGCAUGGUGUGGUACGCAGAGCACUGCGGGCACCGGGAAAAGACCUACUCAGAGUGUGACGAUGGCACCUACAGCCCAGAUAUUUCCUGGCCUCAUGGGAAAUGUACAAAAGGUUCUGAAGACAGCCCACCCAAGCAUCCAGGCAACAACGAAAGCCAUUCUUCCAGAAGAAGAAAUCGACAUUCCAAGUCAAAAGUCACCAACGGAGUUGGAAAGAAAUGAAAGACCUUGGUUAAUCAGAGAUGUUCCAGAGAGUGCCUAGAACUGAGAGGGAGACGGAAUCAUUUGGACCUCCCUGCUAGGAGGUCAAAACACACAGUGCAAACGGGAAGAGGAGAGGGGACUUUGGGAGGGGGUGUCACUAUUUAAGGGUGUGAGUCUUGUUUCCCACAGACACGGCAGCAUCAGGCAGGCCACUGCCUGGGGUCCUUUGCCAAUGUGGGGUCUCUUUUAAGGUCAGCACCUGGCAUGCAGUCACCUGUAGCAAGCAGUACAGUAUGUUUGAAAGAAAAGGUAGCUAUUUACUCACAGUUGCCAAGAGCAGCUUUGUGCUUGUGAGUUUGUGGAUACAGAUUAAACAUCUUCAAUCAGACAGGACAUUAACUGGUCACCAGUUCUUUUAGUGAAUCUGCCUUUCCAUUCGAUUGGUUUACAUUUAGGCCUCUUUUUUGUUUUUUAUCUUGUUGUCAUCUGUUUUUAAGUUAGGUUGCUUGAAAACCUUCAGAAGCCACUGCUGACUGAACUGGGGAGGGCUCCUCUCUCGUCUAGAAAAAGAAAAGGAAGAGCUUUUGUGUUACUGUUUAGCAAACCCCAUCCCCUUUUUAGGGCCUGAAACCACACAGCAGGUGUAAACAGUCUGAGGAAAGGUUAGCAACCCACAUAGGAUCCUGGGCUCCAGAUCAGAACCUUUUCUGUACCAUCCCAACGCCACUGGCCACACUCACAGUGCACAGCGGUGGACAGCUCGAGGGGCUGUGCACACGGCUCCUCCCUCAGCCAGGUGCCUUGUACCUUUCGUUUUCCUUCCAUGGCGUGCUGCUGACAUGGUCUUUUACCCCCAUGUGAGGUGCUGGUGAGUAUUACCUUUCCUCCAUGCCAUGCUCUAGAAUGUUUACCUGAUAGUUCAGCUCUGGCGGCUCCUGCUUUAAAUAAAACGUUCACAUUAAAGCCUGUCAAAGCUCUGUCUCUGCAAAGUGCUCCUUUCUCUGCAUCAUGUGGAUACUUUCCACUGUUUAUCAGCAAGUACUGGAUUUUUCAACUGACUUUAGGAUAAUAUGACUAGGUGUGUGUUUCAUACAGUAAGAAGGAAAAAGGAAAACAAUACGUAUUUUGGAGUGUGAAAGACACAUACAUCCUACUUCCUACACUUCCCAAGUGGCCGAUAGGAAAUGAACAACAGCCGUCGUCUUUCCCCUGUGGUAAUGGUUACAGCCACCGCGUGGGGUUUCUCUCUGAUGAGGCUGGUGCCCAGCUGGUUGGCUCAUAGAUAUAUAUA